AUGUCUCCUACCGCGCUCAGAAACCUCGAUACGGUGGAAAUCGUGAACAUUCAACAGGAUGACAUGGAGUUUUCUCUGGUGGAUAAUAUCUACAAGAAUUUGGACCCGCCACCCGGCAAACAGCGCACCUUCCCCACCCUUCUACUCUACGAUGCCAAAGGAUUGAAGCUCUUCGAGAAGAUCACAUUCUUGGACGAAUACUAUCUCACCAACACGGAGAUUGAGAUUUUAACCACUCAUGCGAAACGGAUAGUGGAGCGCAUUCCAGAAAAUGCACAGCUAGUGGAGCUUGGCAGUGGAAAUCUGCGCAAGAUCGAGAUCUUGCUUCGUGAAUGUGAGCGAACAGAGAAGAAAGUAGAUUAUUAUGCUUUGGACCUCUCGCUGGUGGAGUUGCAGCGAACGUUCUCCGAGAUAUCACCCGAGAGCUUUUUGCAUGUAGGGUUCCAUGGUCUCCAUGGGACUUACGAUGAUGCUGUUAGCUGGCUGCAAAAUCCCGAGAACAGGAAACGGCCCACAGUGGUCAUGUCCAUGGGUUCAUCUAUGGGCAAUUUCGAUCGCUCCAGUGCUGCAGAGUUCCUCGGUGGUUUUUCCAACCUUUUGAGCCCGUCUGACUUCAUGCUUAUUGGACUGGAUGCAUGCAAGAAUCCGGAAAAGGUGUAUAGGGCUUACAACGACAGCGAAGGAGUUACCCACCAGUUCUACGAGAAUGGACUGCUGCAUGCCAACGCCGUUCUUGGCUUCGAGGCCUUCAAGGCCGAUGAAUGGGACAUCGUGACUGGUUAUGAUGAACGCGAGGGCUGCCAUCAAGCCUAUUACUCCCCAAAGGUCGAUGUGACCAUCAAUGGGAUCCGGAUCCCUAAAGGAGAGAAGCUUAUCUUCGAAGAAGCGUGGAAGUAUGGGCGCGACGAACGGGAAAAGCUGUGGCGCAGUGCAGAGCUGAUUUCUCAAGUUGAGUUUGGAAAUUCCACAGAUGAUUACCAUAUUCAUCUGCUCUCACCAGCUGCGCUAGAUGUGUCCACGAAUCCAUCGAACUAUGCCACCCAGGCAAUCCCAAGUAUCGAAAAUUUCCAAUCUCUGUGGACCGCAUGGGAUCUCAUGACCAAAACGAUGAUUCCUCGUGAGGAGCUUUUGUCCAAACCAAUCAGCCUUCGAAACGCCCUGAUUUUCUAUCUUGGCCACAUUCCUACAUUCUUCGACAUUCAUCUGGCACGGGCUUUGCAAGAGGAACUUACAGAGCCGAAGCAUUAUAAACAGGUAUUUGAGCGUGGCAUUGAUCCCGACGUUGAAGAUCCGGCGCAAUGUCACAGCCACAGCGAGAUACCUGAGCAAUGGCCACAGUUGGACGAAAUUUUGGACUAUCAAGAGAGAGUUCGAAACCGUGCCCGAUCUAUUUUGGACGAAGGAUACGCAUCUCAAGACCGCGCGCUCGCAGAAGCUCUUUGGAUUGGCUUUGAACACGAAGCGAUGCAUCUCGAGACUUUCCUCUAUAUGCUGCUCCAGAGUGAUAAAACCCUCCCUCCUACUGGGGUCGCUCGUCCCGAUUUUGAACAAAUCAGUCGCCAGGCCAAGAGAGACGAAAAACCAAACAAGUGGUUCAGCAUCCCCUCUCAAUCCUUGGAAAUUGGCUUGGACGACUGUAAUGAGGAGGUGAUGCCGAAGCAAUCAUUUGGAUGGGACAACGAAAAGCCUCAAAGAACAGUUACCGUGAAUGCUUUUGAAGCUCAAGCACGCCCUGUCACCAAUGGCGAAUAUGCGAAGUACUUGCAGGCCGAGAAUAUUGAAACAUACCCUGCGUCCUGGGUGCUGAACCCCGAUCAAGACAAUCCUGUUUCCAGAGGCAUUGAUUCUUCAAACACUCAGGCCUCUCCCAGCACCAGCACUACAGGAUUUCCAUUGGGCAAUUUCUCAGUUCGAACAGUGUUCGGACCUGUGCCUCUCAGUCUUGCAGAGGAUUGGCCAUUGAUUGCUUCUUAUGACGAAAUUGCUGGCUACGCCAAGAGCAUGCAUUGCAGGAUUCCUACCUUUGAAGAGGCUCGGAGCAUAUAUCACUACUCCGAUCAGCUCAAGAAACAUCAAGCCACGAUUGAUCAGAGCAAUGGAGUCAAUGGCGUUGCUAAGGGUCCCGAACCCUUUUCUGCCGACCAGACAAUAUUCCGUGAUCUCAGCGGCUGCAAUGUUGGAUUCAAACACUGGCACCCUAUUCCCGUCACUCCAAAUGGCGACCAGCUAGCUGGCCAGGGUGAUAUGGGUGGUGUUUGGGAAUGGACUAGCACGCCGUUAACGCCACACGAAGGCUUCAAAUCUAUGGAUAUCUACCCUGGAUACACAUGUGAGUGGUAA